ACAUGUCGUUGAAGAGGAUCGGGGCCGUACAGUAUUUGUAAGAAUUUCUAAUCGGCGACGCAAAGCUUUGGCCCUCUGAAUUCAGAACUGACUGAAAUAACAUCUCUGUCUCUCUCACACAGACCCAGCUUCGCCAGUUCCUGUGGUACUUCCCAUCGUCGAUCUGAUCUCGUUAAACUUUAAUAAACCCAUCCGAACAAACUCCUCCAAUUGAUCAUCUCGAUCCACACCCAUUGAUCAUCGAUGAUGUGCUAAGCCGUAUGAAGUUGAACAUGGCUGAAGUUGCAAGCAACAAAGAGGGUUACUCCUACCAAGAGUACAAUGACACACAAAAAAAUGUUUUUGAUUUGGGUACAUUUGUUGGAGACUUGAAUGUUGAAGAAGACGCAAACAGUGAUGACAUAUCAUUGGAAGGACUUCAGCAAGAAUUAGAAGAAUGCAAAAAUGAUGAUGUAGUUGCAAAUAUUCUAUCCAAAGGCACAAAACUACGGGAAUAUACAAAGGGGGUGGAGAACAACAUUCGGCAGGUGGAAUUGGACUCAAUACAGGACUAUAUACAAGAGAGUGACAAUUUGGUUUCUCUUCAUGACCAAAUUCGUGAUUGUGAUAACAUUUUGUCACAGAUGGAAACACUUCUCAGUGGGUUUCAGGCUGAAAUUGGUUCAAUAAGUUCAGAUAUAAAAAUACUCCAGGAGAAGUCAAUGGACAUGGGUUUGAAGCUAAAGAAUCGAAAGGUGGCCGAGUCAAAAUUGGCAAAUUUUGUUGAGGACAUUAUAGUCCCUCCAAGGAUGGUGGACAUUAUUAUUGAUGGAGAGGUCAAUGAUGAGUAUAUGAGAACUCUUGAGAUUCUUAGUAAGAAAUUAAAGUUCGUAGAAGUGGAUCCAAUGGUUAAAAUGUCAAAAGCUCUAAAAGAUGUCCAACCAGAGCUUGAAAAACUUCGACAGAAAGCAGUUUCGAAGGUGUAUGACUUCAUUGUUCAGAAGCUUUAUGCAUUGAGAAAACCUAAAACUAAUAUCCAGAUCCUUCAACAGAACAUUCUUUUAAAGUACAAGUAUGUUGUUACCUUUCUUAAGGAAAAUGGCAAGGAGGUGUAUGUUGAGGUCCGUGGAGCAUAUAUUGACACGAUGAACAAGGUUUUAAGUGCCCAUUUCCGGGCUUAUAUUCAGGCCCUAGAGAAACUACAGUUGGAUAUUGCUACAUCUAGUGAUCUGAUUGGUGUAGAUACAAAAAGUACUAGUCUAUUCUCAAGAGGAAGAGAACCACUGAAGAACCGUUCUGCUGUUUUUGCUCUUGGAGAGAGAAUAAAAAUUUUAAAGGAAAUUGAGGAACCAGCUUUAAUCCCACAUAUAGCUGAAGCCAGCUCUAGCAAGUACCCUUAUGAAGUCCUCUUCCGGAGCUUGCACAAGCUGCUUAUGGAUACUGCUACUUCUGAGUAUCAUUUCUGUGGUGACUUUUUUGGGGAGGAAUCUAUAUUCUAUGAUAUUUUUGCAGGCCCAUUUGCUGUCAUUGAUGAACAUUUCAAUUCAAUACUUCCAAAUUGUUAUGAUGCUAUAGGCCUAAUGCUUAUGAUUCGCAUCAUACAUCAGCACCAGCUCAUUAUGUCAAGACGACGGAUUCCAUGUUUGGAUUCAUAUUUAGACAAGAUCAACAUUGUCUUAUGGCCUCGAUUUAAAGUGGUGUUUGACAUGCAUCUCAAUAGCCUACGGAAUGCAAACGUGAGAACUUUGUGGGAAGAUGAUAUUCAUCCUCACUAUGUAAUGAGGCGUUAUGCCGAAUUCACAGCUUCACUGAUUCAUCUCAAUGUUGAGUAUGGAGAUGGCCAGCUUGAUUUAAAUCUAGAAAGAUUGCGGAUGGCUAUUGAUGAUUUGCUUAUCAAGCUUGCAAAGACAUUCCCAAAACCCAAGCUACAAACUGUGUUUUUGAUCAACAACUAUGAUAUGACAAUUGCUGUGCUAAAGGAAGCUGGCCCAGAUGUUGGAAAAAUUCAAAUGCACUUUGAGGAGUUGUUGAAGAGCAACACUGCAUUAUUUGUGGAAGAAUUGCUUCUAGAGCAUUUCAAUGACUUGAUCAAAUUUGUGAAAACUCGAUCCUCGGAGGACCCAACCGCUACUACUGAGAAGCCUAUAACCGUUGGUGAGGUUGAGCCACUGGUGAAAGAUUUUGGUAGUAGAUGGAAAGUUGCCAUUGAGCUGAUGCACAAAGAUGUCAUCACUUCUUUUAGCAACUUCUUGUGUGGUAUGGAAAUUUUAAGGGCUGCAUUGACUCAGCUCCUCCUCUACUACACUAGACUCUCUGAUUGCAUAAAGAAGAUCGUUGGUGGCUCUGCACUCAACAAGGAUUUGGUCUCCAUAUCUUCCAUAAUGUAUGAAAUUCGCAAGUACUCGAGGACUUUCUAAGUCGAUUGAGUGACCAAGCACUCCAUUUUCGAUUUGAUUGAGUGACCAAGGACUCCAUUUUUUAUUCGAGAUUAAAGUUUUUUGGAAUUUAGAUCAACUUUCUGCAUUGAUUGAGCAAAGGUUGUACAGGAUGGAAUUCUGAAUUUGGAUCAAAUCAUAAAAAGAAGUCUCUUAAAGCACCUAUAUUUGUAUUUUUUGACAAGUAAAACAACUGAUGGAGUUGGUUUCUGAAUUUAUGUCCCCUUGUAAUGGAUUCUGUUUUCUAAAUGAACCCAUAAAAUUUUUAUGUUCUUUUUU